AUGUCCAGAAUAACUGCGUUCCAACAGGAUCAACCUGCUGUCUUUUCAGAACCGAGAAUUUCCCACAAAAAGACAACCUCUCUGCUCGUUGAUAGAAAUCCGGAAUUUUUGAAGGGAAAAACAGUUUUUCAAGCCUUCGGAGAACAUCAAUAUGAUGUACAGGGAAAUAUUAAUAAUUGUAAACAUUUGCAGGUGGGAGAGUAUUUUCUAAAGGUAUCUAGUGGUGCUCAUCACACGUUUCUAUUGACAAAUUAUGGAAAUGUAUUGAGUUUCGGAAGAAAUGGUGAUGGUCAGUUAGGAAAUGGAUCAAUUGAAUCAACUUUUAGAAAGGAUAUUCUACCAGUUUUUCCAAAAUAUGCCAAUGAAGGAGAAUCUGUUGUUGAUGUUCAAUGUGGAUCCAAUCACACAGUUAUUUUGACCAAUUUUUCGAAUUGUCUUGGUUGUGGUUGGAAUGAGUUCUUCCAACAGGGUCAGAAACGUCAUGGUGUUCAAGUAUCCAAGUUUGGGUAUUUGGAUAUUGGAAAGCCAGUAAUUAUGGUAAGAUGUGCUAAUAAUAUGACCAUUGUGCUUACAAAGGAAAUGGAAAUUUAUGGAAGUGGACGAGUUGCUGCAACAAUUACCUAUGAAGAUUUUACUCUUCUUCAAGAUUUUUCAGAGCUCUUAUCAGAUGAGGAAGUUAUUACUGAUAUACAAUGUGGAUCUCAACACAUCAUCGUUUCUUCAAGUUUCAACAGAAUUUUUGCAUUUGGAUCCAAUGGUUUUACACAAAUGGGAAAAAAUGUCAAGGAUAUGGAUAAAUUUACUGAAAUUACAAAGAAUUUACCAUUUCCAAGAGAUGAAUUCAAGAGUUUCGCUACUGGAUUAUUGUUUACCAUCUUUUUAACAAAGGGAGGUGGUGUUUACGCUUGUGGUUACAAUGGAUAUGGUCAAUUGGGUACAGGUACCAGGACUGAUCCAGAGGAUUUUGUAAGAGUGAAAAAUUUUUACAAAAUUAAGAGUCAAUCUCAAAGUGUUUUAUCCAAAUUUGAAAAGAGGAAGGAAUCAGAAUAUACUUGCUAUAAGGCCUCACUCAAUUCAGAAAUUGGAAAUAAUGUCUAUUACAUUGAUGGAAAUGAAAUUAUUAAGAGCAUCCAUGCAGGCUCCUCACACACAAUUUUUGUAUCAAAUAUUGGAAAUGUCUACACAUGUGGAUUCAACAAGUUUGGUCAAUUGAGUCUUCCAACAGACGGAGAUGAUUAUGCUGCAACAUACUCUGCAACUCAAGUCGUUCUCUCGAGCCACUUGAUCGAUGUUCAAGUAUUUGCCAAUCCAAGUGCUAACAUCACAAUCUUAGCUGAUAGACAACCAAUUAAUUCCUAUAUGAGCAAUAAUUUAAAGAAACGAGCAAGAGAAGGCGACCUUUCAGAUAUCAUUCUCAAACACAAGCUUUAA